AUGGUCACAUACACCGUCAAGCGAGAGCUAGGCGGCGCAUGUACCUUCGCACCCGUCCACCUGAUUGAGAACAGUACUGCGCUCGCCAUGGAAGAAGAAGACAACGUGGAUGAGAACAUGCCCGUUGCGCGAGUUGGGAAAGACUCGCACCGCGCCUUCAAGGUCUCUGAGGCUAUCAAGAUGGAAGAGCCCACUAGCACCUGGGAGUUCUUCAUCCUGCGAUCCGGAGCAGAAAGGGUUGAACAGGAAAUAGCCAACGACGACGACGACGACGACGACGUCGACGAAGAUGCCGAAGAAGAUGACGAAGCAAAACGAUACUGUCCACGGUGCUUUGGAGGGCGGGUGGAGACGGAGCGUCGAUCGGCGGUAGUGGUGGUGUUUGAGCCGAGAGUCAGCGAGGUCGUGAAGGUCGUGAAGGUCGUGAAGGUCGUGAAGUAUGCAGGCGUGCGGGCGUGCAGGGUGAUGCAUACCUUGAUGCCCCUGAAAUUGAAAUUCCAUCAAACCUUUGACAACACGAAAGGAAAUCAUGGACAACCAACCAACACCAUCGCCUCUUUGCCGGGUCUGACUUGA